AUGUCGCACGCGGAAAAGGUUGUCGGAACCGAGGCUUCGGCCUUGCCUUUGGACAACAACAACACCACCACCAGUGCGCGCGUGAGCUCCCAGCAAGAGCUGUCCGACUCUGAAAAGGCAGCGGCGGCGAGCCCGUCACCGCCGGCGCCGCCAGACGGCGGCACGACGGCGUGGCUUGUCGUCCUCGGCGGGUGGUGCACCGCGUUUUGCAGCUUCGGCUGGCUCAACAGCAUCGGCGUCUUCCAGCAGUACUACCAGAAGGAGCUUCUGCGCGGGCAGAACGCGAGCACCGUCUCGUGGAUCCCCUCGCUGCAAAUCUUCUUCAUCCUCGGACUGGGGCCUGUUGUCGGCACGCUCUUUGACCGGUAUGGGCCGCGAGGCCUGCUCUUGGUUGGCACGCUGAUGCACGUCUUUGGCAUCAUGAUGGCGAGCAUCAGCACCAAGUACUGGCAGAUCCUCCUCGCGCAGGGCGUCUGCUCCGGCAUCGGCGUCUCUGCCGUGUUCCAACCGCCUCUGAGCUGCGUCGCCGGGUACUUCCACAAGAAGCGCGGCGCCGCGUUUGGCAUCCUCUCGACGGGCGCGUCGGUCGGCGGCGUGGUGUGGCCGAUCAUGGUGACGCACCUGAUCCGGCUCGUGGGCUUCGGGUGGGCGAUGCGGACCUGCGCCUUUGUCAACCUCGCGCUGCUGACCAUUCCCAACGUGACGGUGCGCUGCUUCCAGCCGCCGGUCCCCAAAAAGGUCACUGGCGCGCAGCUCGCGCAGCCCUUUCGCGAGGUCGACUACCUGCUCGUCGCCGCCGGCUUCCUCUUCCUCACGUACGGCGUCUUCGUGCCGCUCAACUACCUGCCGGUGCAGGCGGCCAGCGCGGGCAUGGACCCGAACCUCGUGCAGUACCUGCUGCCCAUCCUCAACGGCGCGUCCCUCUUUGGCCGCCUCUUUGCCGGCUUCGCGGGCGACCGGAUCGGCCGCUUCAACAUCCUCGUCGGCUGCUGCUACCUCUCGGGCGUCUGGAUCCUCGCGCUCUGGCUCGCGUCCAGCAGCCGGCCCGCGCUCGUCGCCUUUGCCGCCCUGUUUGGCUUCUCGUCGGGCGCGUACAUUUCGCUCGUCACGCCCGUCGUGGCGCAAAUCUCGCCGCUGCCGGAGAUUGGGUUUCGCACCGGUAUUGUGUUUUUUGUGGCCUCGAUUGGCGGCCUCACGACGAAUCCCGUCAGCGGCGCGCUGAUUGACAGCGCCGCGGGCUACCCCGGCAUGAAGAUCUUUGCCGGUGUUCUCUGCCUGGUGGGAACGACGUUUAUCUUGGUGGAACGGGUGCGGAAGACGGGGCUGAAGUUUUUAGUUGCUUUCUAG